AUGGAGCAAGAGGCUACACUUCGAGUACUCAUCAAUCAAAUUGACUACACUGUGGCCUCCCCUGGCACUCUCGACAAUGCAUCUCUCCCUCGAGUACCUGUGAUCCGCGUUUAUGGGGCGUCGUCCGCAGGAAAGAAAGCGUGUGUACAUGUGCAUCAAGUGUACCCUUACUUUUUUGUUGAGUAUGGGGGCAAAUUGAGUCCCGAAAAUGUGAACCGGUACAUUGCAAAAUUGUCUCGUUCUUUGAACCAUGCUAUUGCCAUUUCGAUGAAGCGCAAUCCACACUCGCCCAACUCACAGUUUGUCCGGGCUGUCCUUCUCGUCAAAGGCGUUCACUUCUAUGGAUUCCACUCGUCAUACACACCGUUCUUGAAGAUUCUUAUCGCAGACCCCACCUUUGUCAAUCGUGCUGUGACUAUAUUGCAGUCAGGAACUGUCAUGCGAACACGCUUUCGCGUUUAUGAAAGCCAUCUGAGCUACCUCCUUCAGUUCAUGUGCGAUUUUGGGUUAUAUGGAUGUGGCUGGAUCGAUCUUGCGGAGGUCUGGCAGCGAGGACACGAAGAAAACGACACUGAAAUCACGGGAUCAUCGACAUUCAAGAUAUCACCAUACUUUCGGCAAUCCCGCAUGCCGCUUGAAGUCGACGUCGCUGCUCAUCAAAUUCUGAACCGCCGUCUCCUGUCCGCACGCAACAUCCACCACAAGUUGGCAAUACCUUCACCGCCUUUGCCUUCUGAACCAUUUGUCCUGAGUGUCCGUGAACUGUGGGAUGAUGAAAGACGUAGAAGGCUUGCCCAGGGCCUCUCCCCAACUCCUGCGCUUCCUCUCGAUUCAAGCAAGAUGUCGAGAGGUCAUGGAGGCGAAUGGGUCGCGGAGGCGAGGUGGUGGGAGGAACUCAGAAAACACAUUGAAAAGGAAAGAGACCCUGAGCCGAUUUUCACUGACAGAGAGGAACUUUGGGAGAAAUGGGUGAUGACUACUUUUGAGAGCGUGGAAGCCCUCUGGGAGCCUGUUUGGAGAACCUGGAAGCCAAGUCGUAGCGAGGCUACUGGCCAUAACGGGCAGAGUACUCAUACUUUGGAAGCCGAGGACAGGGAAAAUCCUUUUGCACAGGCUACGCAGGAUGGUACGGAUGUUGAUGAAAUGAGCCAGAUGAUGGACCGCGAAGACCAAGAGUGGGCGGACUUGCAGGAGGGUGACACCAUUGCGGAGCCCGACGCUGCUACAGAUGAUCAGUUAGCUGACGAAGGGCUUCCUCCGGAUUUUCGGAUGGACGUGCCCAAUCCCUCUGGUGAGGUCGAAGCCGCUACUGAUGGGAAUGAAAGGAGACUUGACUCUCCUUCGCGAGGCCCUUCCCGAACAAAUCCGUUCCAACACUUGUGGCACAAUCUGGCAAUGGAUGCGCCACCAUCAAUGGUUCCUACAGAGACCCUAGCAGGGCGGGAAUCGUCCUCGGACUUGUCUGAUUCAUCUGACAAUAGUGACCGAUGUGAUUGGGAAGAAAAUCCAUUCCAACUUCGGGAUGAACAAUUGAUUGAUGUAUCAGGAACGCCAAAGAGUUCACAGGACUCGGAAACAAGUAACCGGGUGGGGCGUGCUAACGCAAUUGUGGGCCACUCCUCCCAGCGGAAUGAGCAGCCGAACUUGCCAAGAGCCUCAUUUUCAAGACACAUACCACUUACUUCAAGCUCAACUACUGCAUUCACAUUCGCGGUAUCGCCGCCGUCUUCCUCUGAACUUCUCAGGACCAUUGAGACAUAUGGUGUCCUCCGAAGGGUGUACCGUAAUCCCUAUUACUCCAGACGUGCAGAUGCUUCAGAGCACCCAAGAGAAUAUGCGGGUCUUUUAUAUCAUCUUAAAGGUGGAGAGGGGCUAGAUACCCUGGACCAGUGGAAGUCUCAUGGAAGUCAGCUUCAUAUGGGAAGAGAUGCGCGUCCUUCGAAGAGCACGUAUAUGACAUGGGGAUGGGAGUAUGCUGCCCUACCUCCGAGCAAGACUCAAGUUAAAAAGUGGCUGAAAGAAAACCCAGUUCAGCUGAGCACGAAGGCCAAGUUGCACUCUCAGAUCGAUGGCAGCACUCAGAUGAAUCCCUUCGGCGUGAAAUCAAUGCCACAUGUUCGAUCUGACACCAAUACCAGAGCAGCCCAGCACAUGUCCUUGUUUUCCCUAGAAGUAUUUGCCCCUUCACGAGGUAACAAAGUACCCGACGCAAAUGUUGACGGGAUCGUUGCAAUUUUCUUCGCUCUCGGGGAUGAUGACAUUCAUUCAGUGUUUCACGAACGAGGCAUCCUAGCGGUCAAGAAUGCGGAACUGGAUCCUUAUCGAAUACGCGGCUUCCCGUUGGAGAUCGUCGCUGACGAGCUGGAGUUACUCAAUCGGAUCGCUGACAUAGUAGUUGAGUUUGAUCCGGAUAUCAUUGUGGGUUGGGACGUUCAAACAGCAUCCUGGGGCUAUCUCAAUGCCCGAGGAAACCAUUAUGGAUUUGACAUCGGCGAGCUUAUAGCUCGAGCCCCUAGCAAGAAUCCUGCUGCAGGAAACGAUCCAUGGAGUCAGAGGACAACUACUACGUUCAAGGUCACUGGUCGGCAUGUGUUCAACGUCUGGAGAAUCAUGCGAGUGGAACAGACACUUUCCAUGUACUCUUUCGAGAAUGUAGUCUUCCAGUUACUGCGUAGAAGGGUCCCUCGUUAUACCCCCGAGGUCCUAACAACUUGGUAUAAUAGUACAGAUCCUGUGCACACUUCCCGUGUCCUCCGCUACUUCCUUGAACGAACGAUCAUUACACUGGAAAUCCUCCAAGAAGCCGAAACAACUACAAAAAAUGCAGAAUUUGCGCGUGUUUUCGGAGUCGAUUUUUACUCCGUAAUCAGUCGAGGCUCACAAUUCAAAGUGGAGUCAUUUAUGUUCCGCAUCGCGAAGCCGGAGAGCUUCGUUCUCCUGUCUCCCAGCAAACAGGAUGUUGGAAAGCAAAAUGCUGCAGAAUGCAUGCCUCUCAUUAUGGAACCUCUCUCCGCCUUUUACAAUGGACCCCUCGUCGUGCUUGACUUCCAAUCUCUAUACCCAUCAAUUAUGAUUGCGUACAAUUAUUGCUACUCAACCUGCCUCGGCAGAGUCAUCGACUUCCAGGGUCGCAACAAGUUUGGUGUCGUGGAUCUCCAAAGACCACGCGGGCUCUUGGAAAAGUUGCAAGACCGCAUAACAGUUGCGCCGAAUGGCAUUAUCUACGUGAAGCCUGAAGUAAGGAAGGGUUUGCUUGGCCGCAUGCUCACGGAGUUGUUGGACACCCGAGUAAUGGUCAAACAAGCGAUGAAGGUUUCAAAGACUGAUAAGGCGCUCAGUCGAGUUCUGGACGCGCGCCAGCUCAGUCUGAAAUAUAUUGCUAAUGUCACUUAUGGAUAUACAAGCGCGACAUACUCCGGCCGCAUGCCUGCUGUUGAAAUUGCAGACAGUAUUGUACAAAGCGGCAGAGAAACCUUGGAGAAGGCUAUAGAAGUCAUCGACAGCACCGCUAAAUGGGGAGCUAGAGUGGUUUAUGGGGACACGGACUCGCUUUUCAUAUACCUUCACGGAAAGACAAAGGAACAGGCUUUCCACAUCGGCUAUGAUAUUGCGGACGCGGUUACGGCGAUGAACCCAGCACCCAUCAAAUUGAAAUUUGAAAAGGUGUAUCUGCCAUGUGUAUUGAUGGCGAAGAAAAGAUAUGUUGGAUUCAAAUUCGAGAAUCCGGACGAAAUCAUCCCCGCAUUCGAUGCGAAGGGAAUUGAAACUGUCCGCCGAGACGGUGUACCUGCUCAGUCAAAAAUGACCGAAACAUGUUUGAAAAUUUUAUUCCGUACUCAGGAUCUCAGUCAAGUCAAGGAUUAUUGCUACCGGUCAUGGACUAAAAUUCUUCAAAACAAAGUGUCCAUACAAGAUUUCGUUUUUGCAAAGGAAGUCAAAAUGGGGACAUACUCUGAAAAAGCACCACCUCCGCCUGGUGUAGCUGUUGCCGCUCGAAGGAUGAUGGAGGACGAGAACGACGAGGUUCAAUAUGGCGACCGAAUCCCAUACGUCAUUGUAAGAGGUGAUCCCCAGACGCGGCUUGUGGACAGGGCGAUGUCCCCGGAAGAACUACUGCAGCAUAAACACAUGCAAUUAGACGCUUCGUACUAUAUAUCCCGUAUUCUGAUCCCACCACUCGAACGUGUUUUCAACUUGCUGGGUGCUGACGUUAGAACUUGGUUUGACGAUAUGCCAAAGGCCAUCCGAGUCGAUCAUCCAAAUCCUCUUACGAUGUCUCCCAAAAAACAGAGGAUCACGGCGAACCGAUUCAAGAUAGACGAACAUUUCCAGAGUUCCCAGUGCCUUGCAUGCGGUGGCUUGUCUUCAGACGGAAUCUGUGAAAACUGUCGGAGAACACCCCAGGAAACAAUACCGGCCCUCCUUGAACAAAUAAGAAAAGGAGAAUCCCGGCUCCUGGACGCACAGCGGGUGUGCGCAUCGUGUACAUCCAGCGCAAAUGCCGAGCCAUUCGAGUGUAUCAACAUUGACUGCCCGUGGUUGUUUGAUCGAAAAAAAGCAGAAAGGAAGACGGAGUUCCUCGAGGGGUUAGGAGGAAUCAUAGAUGACCUUGAAAUUUCAGAGGAUCACUGCGAUAGUAUACCAGACUGACUCGACGGUUACUAUAAGACAUGCAACCUUAAUUAAGUAUACUACUUGCAACUUAAUGCUCGUGCUCCGCUAAUAGUUACAAUGUCUC